GAGAGAGUGUGCGUGUGAAGACGCGGGACAGGUAUGAACUGAAUAAACUUUUAGCUCCGAAUUUUUCAAUUUGGGAGAUUUCCAGGAAAAGGGUGUUCAAUUUCUUGGCAUAUCAAAUGCAAAAUGGCUGCUAGGGACUUGUUGUUUUGAAAAUUCCAAACUGGGUUUUCCAGGUAAACAAGUUUUUGACAAGAAUUUCUUGAAUUAUUUUGAGGGGAAAUAUGGUUAGUUAUAAGGGUAAAGAAAAAAUUGUUUUUGAUGAUCAGAAUGAGGAAAACAACAUAUGGGUAGAUAGGAAUUUUCUUCAGUUAAAUGAGUAUAAAGGGAAUUCCUCUAAAAGGGUAGCUGAAAAUGAGGAAAUUCAGACAGAAAUUACUGAAAAGAUAUCAAAAGAUGGAAUCUUUGAUCUUUCCUCUAAAAGGGUAGCUGAGAAUGAGGAGAUUCAGGCAGAAAUUAGAGAAAAGAAGCUAAAAGAUGGAAUCUUUGAUCUUUCUUUAUCUUGCCCUAGCAUUAGUAGGAGUUUACAAUCAGUGGAACCAUCAAAUAACAACACAAGGAUUGGGUAUUUCAGGAAUGGGUCCUUGUCGUCGUGUUAUUCCCAUCCGUUUUCCCAUAACCUUAGCUACUCACUUACCCUGAGUUCAAAAGAGGAUAGUGAGUAUUCCGGGGAGGGAGUUAACUGGUCGGUUUUUAGCAAGUUUAGGCCAGUUGAAGUAAGGGAUUGUACAUUGCCAGGUCAUCCUGGUGGAAGUAGUUUAGCUUUAAGUUGUAGACUGCAGGUCAAUAAGGAUAAUGAUGUUGAUAGGAUCAGUAGCUCGGAUAGCAAUUCAUAUUUCUCAUUCGAGUUUCCUGUAAGACCUACUGGUGAUUCGAGAGUAAGAGGAAGUAUUGAAGUAGGAAGAGCACUCCAAUUUUCUCAGCCUGAGAGAAUCCUUGCGGAGAUAGUUUCAGAGUCUGUUCCUCUUAUGGCUCAGAUUCUGCAGGAGCUUCCUGAUGAAACGGUUGAAUCAACAAAGGAUUACUUGAGAAGCCUAAUUGCAAUUCCUGAGAAGAAAGACCUUUUGGUCAGCCUUCAGAAUAUGCUUCAUCGGAGAUCUGAUCUUACUGUUGAGACUCUCUUAGAGUGUAAUACGACUCAACUACAAAUUUUUGUUGCCAUAAAAACGGGCCAUAGAAGUUUCUUAUCUUUGGAAAAUCACCUUCAAGCUACUGAAUUGAUUGAGAUUUUUUCACAUGAAAGGUGUCGGAACAUACGAUGCAAAAGUGUGUUACCUGCUGAUGAUUGUAAAUGCAAAAUUUGUUCGAGAAACAACGGAUUCUGCUCUGUAUGCAUGUGUAUAGUAUGUUCUAACUUCGAUUAUGCCACUAAUACUUGUCGUUGGGUAGGCUGUGACAGAUGUUCACACUGGUGUCAUGCUGUUUGCGCUGUUCAGAGAAAUCUUAUAAAGCCAGGUCCAAGUAUCAAUGGGCCAUCUGGAACAACUGAGAUGCAACUUCACUGUCUUGGUUGUGGUCAUUCUAGUGAAAUGUUUGGAUUUGUUAGAGACGCAUACAUGCAUUGUUCAAAGGACUGGGGUGAGGAAACUCUAAUAGAAGAGCUUGAUUAUGUUCGAAAAAUUUUCAAUGGGAGUGAAGAUUUUAAAGGCAAGGAGUUGCAUGCUAUAACUUAUGGGUUGCGUAACAGGCUUGAGAAAAAGAUGAUCUCUCCUUCAGACGCCUGCGAUUUCAUCUUUCAUUUUUUUAAAUACACGGAUGGUUUGUCGCAGUUUCUUUUAUCCAGUUUUCCUGCAUCCAUCCCUCUGGCUGAUGAAUUUCCUUCAACAUAAUGAGCUCUUCAAAUGGAAGAAAAGGUAGAUUACUGCUGAUCAUCAUCAAAACGAUGCCAAGGAGCCCUCUUAAGUCUAAUAGAAUGAUCGAGGAUGAAUUGUUCAACCAUAAAAGAAAGAUGAAGGGGAAAGAAAACAUAUGA